AACGAAGGAACGACGGAAGGAACCCGAAGACAGACAGAUAGGAGGAAGGAACGAAAGGAGCGUAUUUGCCCGGUGAAUGCGAAGAAGCAGAAGAAAGAAAGUGACUCAGGGAUCCAUACAACUACCACCACCAUCAACGACGACGACAACAACAACGACCACCACCACCAUGAGUUGUCAAGAGAGCUUACCAGUCAAGUAGCUCUAGGGGUUUCGUCGACAUGUCGUGUUAUCGUCGGGUUUUGGCGAUCUUCACCUUUCACUUCUUGAGACAAUGUGAAGGCAAUUGGCACGAGUGGUGGACCUACGACGGGAUCUCGGGUCCCGCCUAUUGGGGUGUGAUCAAUCCCUCUUGGCCCAUGUGCUCCAAGGGCCAUCAACAGUCGCCCAUUGACGUGAAUCCAAAACGAUUGGUCUUCGAUCCCACCCUCAAACGGGUCUCCAUUGAUAAACAGCCCAUUUCCGGGGUUUUGUAUAACACGGGACAAUCGUUGGUGUUCCGGACCCAGACGGAUCGACUCCAAACUCUGCCCGUGAACAUCUCUGGCGGACCUUUAUCUUACAACUACCAAUUCGAGGAGAUAUAUUUUCAUUGGGGCAGCGGGGACGAUCCCAGCAACUCCGGUAUUCAAGGUUCCGAGCACUCCAUCGAUGGGUACUUCUUCCCAGCGGAGAUCCAGAUCUUUGGCUUCAACUCGAUUUUGUUCAAGAACGUCAGUGAGGCUUUGAGGCACCCCCAUGGAGUGGUGGCGAUCUCCGUGAUGGUCCAAGAGAGCGACCGAACCGUUCGCAAUGGAUUCGGUCCAAUCACCAAUCACUUGAAAAAGGUCAUCUAUCGGGGCCAGAAUUUCCCAGUCUCGGAUCUGAACCUCCAGGAUCUCUUGCCGUCCACCAGUGACUUCAUGACCUAUGAAGGCUCCUUGACCUUCCCAGGGUGCUGGGAGAGCGUCACUUGGAUCCUAAUGAACAAACCGAUCUACGUGUCCUCACCCGAGCUCUACGCUCUAAGGCAGUUGCAACAGGGCGACAAACAGCAGCCCAAAGCGCCCAUGGCCAACAACAACCGACCCAUUCAACAGCUCAAUAAGCGGAGCAUUCGGACCAACAUCAUCUUCGGGGCCUCGGCAACAGAUCAGGGCUCAAAGCAUGACUUUCGAAGUCGUCCUCGAUCCAAUCAAGAAGACAAUAAUAUUUAUGGUAUGGAGACAUUCUAUUCGUUGAAGGCUCAGGAUAAGGCCAAUGACCGCGGACAGGACGGAAGAGGAGGAGGAGAACAAGGAACGAGGGUCGUUGCUUCGACAAAGGCCAUCAAGAACAAGAAGAAACACGGGAAUAAUAGCAAGUGCCCUGAAGUGGCCAAAGACAUGUAUUACAAAGCAAAUAAUUGGAUGAAAGAUUAGGAGGGCCAGAACGGCCUGCGGCUUUCCCUCCCGCCUUUGGGCAAGGGAAGCUGAAACAAAUGGAAGAAAAUCUCGAAUGGAAGGAAUCGAGUUGGUGCUAAAUUGUAUGACCUUGUUCGACACGAAAUCUCGUGGUUACGAUCUGCCUUGCUCAACUAAUAUGAACUACCAAUCCACCACCAUCUCCCUUGACUUUGUUGAAGUUUGUCAUAACUAGUGUUGUCCUCUUGACCUAUACUAUACUAUUAUAUUAUUAUUAUCAUUAUUAUUAUUAUCAUUACCGCCACCACCAUCCCCAUCACCACAGCAAUAUUACUUAUUACGAAAUAGCCAGUAAAACAAUGUUAAAUGUUGAUUCUUGUUGGACUUCCAUAAAAACCAAGCCGAAAGGAGAAUAAACGUCUUUCGACCGGCAGGU